GGGCUGGAGCUGAGCGUGAGCGGUCAACCCCGAGCGCGGCGCCAGCGGCCCCCUGAGCGCACAGAGGUCCGUCAGGCUCUCGCCGCGGCACCCGCACCCUGUUCCGGCCUCGGGGGCGCCCUGCCCGCCGCGCCUCCACGAGUGCCCGGGCUUCCCCUGGAGCUCACGCGAGGGGCCUCAGCGGGCGAGCUGUCCCGGCCCCGCCGCCGCCCAGGCAGCAUGGUCGGGCUGGGGCCGCUGCGCCGGGCCCUGACUUUGAUGAAGUUCCCCUGCUGCGUGCUGGAGGUGCUCCUGUGCGCGCUGGCGGCGGCGCGCGGCCAGGAGAUGUACGCCCCGCACUCGAUCCGGAUCGAGGGGGACGUCACCCUCGGGGGGCUGUUCCCGGUGCACGCCAAGGGUCCCAGCGGGGUACCUUGCGGCGACAUCAAGAAGGAGAACGGCAUCCACAGACUGGAGGCGAUGCUCUAUGCUCUGGACCAGAUCAACAGUGAUCCCAACCUGCUGCCCAACGUGACACUGGGCGCGCGGAUCCUGGACACUUGUUCCAGGGACACUUACGCGCUGGAGCAGUCACUCACUUUCGUCCAAGCUCUUAUUCAAAAGGACACCUCCGACGUGCGCUGCACCAACGGGGAGCCCCCCGUAUUCGUCAAGCCCGAGAAAGUAGUAGGAGUGAUUGGGGCUUCAGGGAGUUCGGUCUCCAUCAUGGUAGCCAACAUCCUGAGGCUUUUCCAGAUCCCUCAGAUUAGCUAUGCAUCCACGGCACCCGAGUUAAGUGACGACCGGCGCUAUGACUUCUUCUCCCGAGUGGUCCCACCAGACUCCUUUCAAGCCCAGGCCAUGGUGGACAUUGUCAAGGCCUUGGGGUGGAAUUACGUGUCCACUCUUGCGUCUGAAGGAAGUUAUGGAGAGAAAGGUGUGGAAUCCUUCAUGCAGAUUUCCAAAGAGGCAGGUGGGCUCUGCAUUGCCCAGUCCGUGCGAAUUCCCCAAGAACGCAAAGACAGGACCAUUGAUUUUGACAGAAUUAUCAAACAGCUCCUGGACACCCCCAACUCCAGGGCCGUGGUGAUAUUUGCCAACGAUGAGGAUAUAAAGCAGAUACUUGCGGCAGCAAAAAGAGCUGACCAGGUGGGCCAUUUUCUUUGGGUUGGAUCAGACAGCUGGGGAUCCAAAAUAAACCCAUUGCAUCAGCAUGAAGAUAUUGCAGAAGGUGCCAUCACUAUUCAACCCAAAAGAGCAACUGUUGAAGGGUUUGAUGCCUACUUUACGUCCCGAACACUUGAAAACAAUAGAAGAAAUGUGUGGUUUGCUGAGUACUGGGAAGAGAAUUUCAACUGCAAGUUGACAAUUAGUGGGUCAAAGAAAGAAGACACAGAUCGCAAAUGCACAGGGCAAGAGAGAAUUGGGAAAGAUUCCAACUAUGAACAAGAGGGGAAGGUUCAAUUUGUGAUUGAUGCGGUCUAUGCCAUGGCUCACGCCCUUCAUCACAUGAACAAGGAUCUCUGUGCUGACUACCGUGGGAUCUGUCCAGAGAUGGAGCAAGCUGGGGGCAAGAAGUUGUUGAAGUAUAUUCGCAAUGUAAACUUCAAUGGUAGUGCUGGCACCCCAGUGAUGUUUAACAAGAAUGGCGAUGCACCUGGACGUUAUGACAUCUUUCAGUACCAGACAACAAACACCACUAACCCGGGCUACCGCCUGAUUGGACAGUGGACAGAUGAACUUCAGCUCAACAUAGAGGACAUGCAGUGGGGCAGAGGGCUCCGAGAAGUCCCCGCCUCUGUGUGCACUCGACCUUGCAAGCCUGGCCAAAGGAAGAAGACACAGAAGGGCACCCCCUGCUGCUGGACCUGUGAGCCCUGCGAUGGGUACCAAUACCAGUUUGAUGAAAUGACCUGCCAACACUGCCCCUAUGACCAGCGUCCCAAUGAGAACAGAACAGGCUGCCAGGACAUCCCCAUCAUAAAGCUGGAGUGGCAUUCACCAUGGGCUGUUAUCCCAGUCUUUCUGGCAAUGUUGGGCAUCAUUGCCACUAUCUUUGUCAUGGCCACGUUCAUCCGCUACAAUGAUACACCCAUUGUCCGAGCUUCUGGAAGGGAGCUCAGCUAUGUUCUGCUGACAGGCAUUUUUCUUUGCUACAUUAUCACUUUUCUGAUGAUCGCCAAGCCUGAUGUGGCAGUGUGCUCUUUUCGGAGGAUUUUCCUGGGUUUGGGGAUGUGCAUCAGCUAUGCAGCACUUCUGACAAAGACCAAUAGGAUUUAUCGCAUAUUUGAACAGGGCAAGAAAUCAGUGACGGCUCCCAGACUCAUAAGCCCAACCUCCCAGCUGGCAAUCACAUCCAGUUUAAUAUCAGUUCAGCUUUUAGGUGUUUUUAUUUGGUUUGGUGUUGACCCACCCAACAUCAUCAUAGACUAUGAUGAACAUAAGACAAUGAACCCUGAUCAAGCUAGAGGAGUUCUCAAAUGUGACAUUACAGAUCUCCAAAUCAUUUGUUCCUUGGGAUAUAGCAUUCUUCUUAUGGUCACAUGUACUGUUUAUGCCAUCAAGACUCGGGGUGUCCCAGAGAAUUUUAAUGAAGCUAAACCCAUUGGAUUCACUAUGUAUACAACGUGUAUAGUUUGGCUAGCCUUCAUUCCAAUCUUUUUUGGCACUGCUCAGUCAGCAGAAAAGCUCUACAUACAAACUACCACACUUACAAUCUCCAUGAACCUAAGUGCAUCUGUGGCCCUUGGGAUGCUAUACAUGCCGAAAGUAUACAUCAUCAUUUUCCACCCUGAACUAAAUGUUCAGAAACGAAAACGAAGCUUCAAGGCAGUAGUCACAGCAGCCACCAUGUCAUCACGGCUGUCACACAAACCCAGUGACAGACCCAACGGUGAGGCAAAGACAGAACUCUGUGAAAAUGUAGACCCAAACAACUGUGUACCACCUGUAAGAAAGAGUGUACAAAAGUCUGUUACUUGGUACACUAUCCCACCAACAGUAUAGCUUUUGCCUGCUUUAAAGAAGGCCCUGCUGCAAAAAAGAAGUAUGUCAGUUAUAAUAACCUGGUUAUCUAAUCUGUUCCAUUCCAUGGAACCACGAAGGAAGAAGGUCUUCAGCUAUUUCAUCACCCCCAGGCAUAGGACUCUUGGUUCUGCCGGUUUUCCUGAGGAACUUCUUUAUUUGGACAGAUUCUGGAGGCCAGUGUUAGAGGAUCCAAGUGUGCUACACAGCUGCUUUAUGAAAUACCCUUACUUUAUCUUGGCUUAAUAAGUCACUGGCAUCAGCACUGCCAAAUUGGCUGCAAUUUUGAACCUUCCCUAAAGGGGGUGUUGAGACUCAAGUCCCAACUAAGCUUUUUGGGAUAACUCACUGGAAAGCCUCAGCAACCAUUUUGGGGCUGACCUGUCUUUCUACGUAUGUACUUCCAGGUUGCAAGGUUUUGAAAUAUUCUGUACAGUUUGUGAGAACUUUUGCAUUUUGCCAUCUGAUGUCGAAUCUUGGUUCUGUUUGUGUUGAAUGCCCUGUUUCCAUAAAGCCCUAUUCUUUCAGAUGGUGGAACAUUCAGGAAAAGUUUUUAAAAAAUGAAUACACAUUUAAAAAACAAAAUUAUCUUGGCAGACUGAAAAAAAUACAUAUACACACAUCUGUACAUGACUGUAUGAUUAUGAUUAUAGUAUACCACUGCAAAUCAUGUUAUAUUUUUUAAGACAAAAAAAGAUAUUUAAAGACCAAAAACUGUGCUGAGAAAGUUUACCCCAUCUAUCUUUGGUAGAAAGAUAAUAGGCUACAAGGAAAGGAAUAUAUUGGCUGCAAUGAAUUGAGGUCUUGAUCUUUGGAAUGCAUGCCUGUAAUGUAUUUUACAGUACACGUUGAUAAUUUAUGUUCAGUAUUUGUAUUUGUGUUCUCUUGUUAUUUUAAUUAGGGUAUAUGAAUAUUUUGCAAUAAUUUUCAUAACUAAGCUAUUUGAAGAAAAGAAUAUGGAUUUUCAUGUCUUGAGGUUUUGUUCAUGCCCCAUGACUGACCAAUGUGAUAAGGACUUUAAGGAAAAGCAUGUAUGUUUUCUACUGUUUGUAAUAAGUACUUUCGUUAAUCUUGCUGCUUAUGUGCCAAGUUAGUGGGAAAAAAAUACUUGCUGAAAAAUUUCCCCUUUCCAUUCUCUUUCAAUUCUGUGAUUUUGUCCAAGAAUAUCUCAAUAAAACACUUUGGUUAACUUUUU